AUGGCUAGGUUCUUGAUUUCUUCUUUGGACGUUGAUGACAGUUCUAGUAAAGCUGGUGCUAUGAUUAGCUACUCUGAAGGCCUGUUUUUGCUUUGUGUUAUCAUUUUCUCCGUUUUGGUGGUGUCAGUAGUUGUAUUUGUAUGUACUGAUCAUCCUGAAAAAGACACAGUAUCUAUGAAGAAAAAGAAAAACAAGCCUAAGUCCGUUGGUACUUGUGCUUCUAAUAUUGGUGGUGCUGGUAGCAUGAUCAUGUAUUCUGGUGCUGGCGGUGGCGGUGGUGCUUGCUGUGGCGGCAGUGGUGGAGGUGGCGGCUGUGGCGGCGGUGGCUGUGGUGGCGGUGGUGGUUGCUGA